AGAGCAUGGAGCGUCAGGAGAAGGCGAACAACGCGGGCCACAUGGUCGACGUAGUCGUGAUAGGAGGCGGCAUCUCAGGUGGUGAUGAACAUCAAAGCUGAAGAAAAAUGGCCACUUUUAAGAAAUAAACAGGAAGAACUAGGAGAGCCAACAGGCAUAAACCAUAGCUACAGUAAAGCUUUGCUUCAGCACUUAGCUUGUGCUCUAGGCGUUUUCACUUGGGACCCUGCCCAGGAUUAUCUGCUGCCAAACUCUUAAAUGAAUAUGGAAUUAAUGUUUUGGUUUUAGAAGCCCGGGACAGAGUUGGAGGAAGAACAUACACAGUGAGGAACGAAAAUGUUGAUUACGUGGACGUUGGUGGGGCUUAUGUCGGACCGACCCAGAAUAGGAUCUUAAGGUUAUCUAAGGAACUGGGUUUAGAAACUUACAAAGUGAAUGUAAAUGAGUGUCUCGUUCAGUAUGUCAAGGGGAAAUCUUAUCCAUUUCGGGGUGCCUUCCCUCCAGUCUGGAAUCCCAUUGCCUAUCUGGAUUACAACAACCUGUGGCGGACAAUGGAUGACAUGGGAAAGAAGAUUCCAGCUGAUGCACCAUGGGAGUCUCCGCAUGCAGAGGAAUGGGAUAAGAUGACCAUGAAAGAUCUCAUCGAUAAAAUCUGUUGGACAAAGACUGCUAAACGGUUUGCAUCUCUCUUUGUAAAUAUCAAUGUGACCUCCGAACCCCACGAAGUGUCUGCCCUGUGGUUUUUGUGGUAUGUGAAGCAGUGUGGAGGCACCACCCGGAUAUUCUCUGUUACCAACGGGGGCCAGGAACGGAAGUUUGUAGGCGGAUCUGGUCAAGUAAGCGAACGGAUAAUGCACCUCCUCGGGGACAGAGUGAAGCUGAGGUGUCCUGUCACCUAUGUUGACCAGUCAGGUGACAACAUCAUCGUAGAGACAUUGAAUCAUGAACUUUAUGAGUGCCAAUACGUAAUUAGUGCCAUCCCUCCAACUCUGACUGCCAAGAUACACUUCAGACCGGAGCUUCCGUCAGAAAGAAACCAGUUAAUUCAGCGUCUUCCGAUGGGGGCUAUCAUUAAGUGCAUGAUGUAUUACAAGGAGGCCUUUUGGAAGAAGAAGAAUUACUGUGGCUGUAUGAUCAUCGAAGAUGAGGAAGCUCCGAUUUCAAUAACUCUAGAUGACACCAAGCCAGAUGGAUCGCUGCCCGCCAUCAUGGGCUUCAUCCUUGCUCGAAAAGCUGACCGCCUUGCUAAGGUUCAUAAAGAAAUAAGAAAGCGGAAAAUCUGUGAGCUCUACGCCAAAGUGCUAGGAUCUCAAGAAGCUUUACAUCCCGUGCACUAUGAAGAGAAGAACUGGUGUGAGGAGCAGUACUCGGGGGGCUGCUACACUGCCUACUUCCCCCCUGGGAUCAUGACUCAGUAUGGAAGGGUGAUCCGCCAGCCCGUAGGCAGGAUAUUCUUUGCUGGCACCGAGACUGCCACACAAUGGAGCGGUUACAUGGAAGGAGCAGUAGAAGCCGGCGAACGGGCGGCUAGAGAGAUCUUGAAUGCUUUGGGGAAGGUGUCAAAGAAAGACAUAUGGCUUCGAGAACCUGAAUCAGAGGAUGUUCCAGCUUUUGAGAUCACCCGCACCUUCUGGGAGAGAAACCUGCCUUCCGUGACCGGGCUGCUUAAGAUCAUCGGAUUUUCCACCUCGGUAACUGCCCUGUGGCUUGCCGUGUACAAAUUCAGGCUGCUGACCCGAUCCUGAAGUUUCGGCCUCAUGCUUUCUGCUUAUCCUUUCCCAGUAUCAUCCAAAGCAAAACGUUGACAAAUUGACACCUGUGUCAUCAGAUCACCUUUAAGUGCACCGAUUUAACUCCUCAGUUUAAUCUCAGUGUAUCACUUCCUUGAUUUCAGUAAGAUCAAGUUCCACCUUGCGAUUUGUCUGUAAACCAACUGGUGUUGAUUGGUAGGAAAUAACCUUGUGAUCAGUUUUUCAUUUCAAGAACUUAAAGUUGAUGUACUCAUAAGAAA